GAGAGAGAGAGAGAAAGAGAGAGAGAGGACGAAGCUCAGUGUGAGAUACAAGGGGGAGGUGAACAUAAAGAAGGACCUGAAAAGUGGGCAGUACAAACUAGUCAUCACAUAAACACAAAACACUUGGGAGUACAGGAAAUUGCAGACCAGAGGAACAACACUAAAUCUGCUGGAAGAGAUUCAUUUAACACAUUCAGCCCUGUUCGGAUAAUCUCACUGGAUCUAAUCUGAAAUGAGUAAAUAAACUAAAUGUCAUCUAGAGAUCAUAUGACCCAGCUGAGCCACCCUGAGAGACUCCAUCAGGAUUACAAAUCAAAAACUACAGAAACCAUCUGUUUAUAAUAUAAACACAAUAAAGCCUUGCUUGUGAACGAUUACAAUAGCUCCAGUCAAGAGAUUCGGAUGAUUUUUCUGGGUUUCUCAUGUGCUAAGGAAAGCACCAACCACUGUCCUUCAUCUUGACAUUAUUGAAGCGUUUUAAGUGUAAGGGUUACGCGUGCCUUCAGAGAAACGUUCGGUCUCAGUGGGAUUUCGAUAAACUCAGGGGACUUGUUCGGUGACAGGAAUUUACUAAAAUAAAGACAAAUAUCUGUAUCAGUGAUCAUAAACAGACACAAAUAAAACUCUGGAUAGUUUGGAGCCCUCGCCGGAUUUGCAAUAGUGCAUAUCCAAGUUGUGAAAUUCUCUUGGAUAUUUUCCAUGGGAACUGCUCCAAAGUGCAUUGAGAAGUCCCUCCCGGGAGGUCUUGUUAGAGUUUAAACAAUAUUGUGUGGAUUGAAAGUACAAGUGCAUUUUCAGCUCAUCUCUGGUGUGUAAUGGGACUGCUCAGAGGAUUACAGCGAAACCAAACAUCUAGCAAAAUGUAAAGCAUUCACUUUAAUCCUUGCUUCUUCGUAAGUCGGAAAGGAAUAAACAAACCGAAACAACUUCAAACAUACACCUCAGCUGAGAAACUUGUGUCACACCCAGGCAAACGUGCGGUCUAAGAGGAAGAUCAGCCAAGAGGAAGAGUGACACAUAACCAGGUUCUGAAGCAGGGAUGAUGGAUUAUACACAUAAACCUGUAAGAAGAGGGGACAGCUGGGGUGGACAGACUAUCACCACAUCAUCCACCUCCGACAGAGAUGGAUCAGGAAAAUCACUAGAGGAGAGGACCAGGAUCUUGGAGAAAGAUGAACACUGUGGGGUCAAAGGAAAGCCAGGCUUGACCACUUGCAUCAGCCAGAUGGAACGAAAAACAAACCUCAGCAGAAGCGCCAGUUUAUCAGAGAAAGAGCUGAAGGAGGCACGAACCAAGAGUCAGAUCAUCGCUGCUCAGCUCCAGGCCAAUUCCAACUCCAAAGGCGUUCAGCUUUUCAAUCGUCGUAGACAAAGAGUAAACGCUUUCACACUUGUGAGUGUUGCAGGAGGUGAAGCAGAAGAACCAAAGAAUGUAAUUGAUUCGUCUUCAGAAGAUCCACUGACAUGGGACAAACAGCACUCGGUUAAAAGCCAACACAAGGAGUUAAAUCACAGGAAUAUUUCUUGGUCAGCUAGCAGAACCCACAGUUGUGAGGACAUGGAGGACGCUGGCGAGGUUACACGUGAGGAUGUAAUCGAGGAGGAAAGACACUUUCUCCCUGUGAAUGAGAAGGACGAGGAGCUCUCAGAAGAUGCAGUGAAGGAUGAAAGUGAAUCAAAAACUGCAGUUCAGGAUGAAUCUCAAGCAAAUGGAGGACACGCUCACUCUGUAGAAACCAAUAAAGACACCUUGAACGGAUACGGUACACAAUGCAAUGGAAGAACAGCUAAGCAACCUACUAUCAACCGUACCGCUCGACCAUUUUUCUCCCCAACAACUGUAGGCUCUUCAGAGGUAGCAAGUCCAGUAAAGGACUUUCCACCAGCACCAUCGUACAUCUCCCCACCAUUACCAGCCUUCCAAGAGCCAACUACUACACCAUAUUCCCAAUCACAACCUUCACAUUACCAUAAUCCAGCUUUCACAUCACAUCCACGAUCUGUCUUCUCUCCACCACCCCCUCCACCUUCAUAUCCAACUCCUCCACUCCCAACCUUCUCCAGGCCUCCACCACCUAACACAGCUGCCUCUUCCCAGCCUUCCUCCUUUUAUAUUCGCCCGUCUGCCCCCAGACCCACAUUUGUUCCUGAGCUCUUGAAGGAGAGGAGGUCUGUGACACCCAUCAAAACCGGCAUCCUCGAAGAGGGCAGGUCUCGCCGAUCCACCCGCAAGUCGAUGUUUACGUUUCAGGAGAAGCCCAAAUUGGCUCCGAACCCUGAACUCCUCUCUAUGGUGCAGGGAGCAGAUGAGAAGAAGAAACAGAAAGCCCAGCCAGAUCCAGUGCAAGAAGAGGAGCUGCUGGCUCUGGGUGCCGAAGCAUCAAACUUCCUGGCCAAGGAGGAGGCUGUUUGUGAGGAAGCGCUGGUGCCGGAGUGGACUUCGUGUUUGAAGAGCUCCAGGACGCGUGCCAGGGUGGAGCACAAGCCCGAGCAGGCCCUUACCAACGCUUCAGGGAAAGGGGCUGAACUGUUUGCCAAACGCCAGUCCAGGAUGGAAAGGUUCGCCCGUGACAGCAAGGAGCUGAGAUCUCCCUCUCCGACCAUGUCCUUACCUCCAUCGUGGGUGUAUCCGUCCAACAUGCCUGGUCGAGUCAAGGCCAUCAUAAACACUUCAAAUAUAAAUGCAGAGGCGUCAAAGACGCUGCAAGCUCAGCAGGCCCCGCGCAAAAAGGCCGCUCCUGUCAAAACACCAGAACCGCCUCCAGAGAUACCAAUAGAGAACGGCUGCACUAAAAUCGAGAUGGAGCUGUCUAAGCAUCAGCCGUACCAGCUCAGCUCAUCCCUCUUCAUAUUCAACCCAACUAAAGAUACCUACAGCACUCUUCCCAGAGCAGCCCCGCCUUCUAAGCCGCUCAAGACAGGCUACAACGUCUCUAGAUCACCUUCAGUUCCUUCUAGUCCAUUACCAUCACCAUACAGUCCUUCUGCUUCAUACAGGUCCACCCAUUGCUUUUCUCCUCCCAUCACGUCAUUCGGUCCCAGCAUCAGUUCUCCUGUGUCUCCUUUAGCUCCAGAACGUGUGGUCUCACCUCGAUCCACCGUCAAGGCGCCCAGACCCACCUUCUCCACCAAAAAAGCUGGAAUCAAUGCACAGGAUAAAGAGGACACACCGAUACCGAUCACAAGUCCUGGCUCCACAACCCCCACUUCCAGGACACCCAAUCUCACUCGACGCUUCACCAGUCCAGAUGUGGCCUCUAGUGCGGUCUGGUCACCCAGCAGCCCUGUGGUGACCUCCACAUCCUCCAGCCUCAUCUACAAGCCCAUACCAGCCUCCCCUUCCCCCCGACCCAUCCCUAAGACCAUUCACAAGCCUGCCGCUUCAUCUCCAGGAAUCACCUUUAAGCCAUCUAACGCCACCUCACCAGUAUCUCCACCAUGGGAAACCAGGUGCCAGUCCCCGGCCGUCAACCAGGACACCAAAGCCAACCACCGAAUUCUGGCCAAAAACAUCAUCAAUGCUGCCAAACGAAAAAACAGUCCAUCUCCAGGUGCGCUAAGUGGGCACAGCCUGCCCAUCUCACCUGUGAACGCCAGUACCGUGUCUUACGAACACAAACCCAUAAGCCCUUUUCAACCACGAAUGCUGGGAGGUCAGUCGCCCACCCUUACCAGUCCCUCUCCUACCCGUAUGAUCCACUCGCCGGUGCGCUUGUACAACACUCGCUCGCUGACUGAUUCUGACGCCUCUGUCGAGUCAGAGGAUUCGGGCCUGCGCUCGCCCGGGGUGCGCAGCUACAACACCUGCCCUCGCGGCUGGACCGGCAGCUUUCAGGUGAAGAGGGGAAGCAUGCCGGAAGAUCUGUAGGAAGCACUUAUAGACGAUUAAAGUUAGGAAAACAGGAACCAAAGUAUCUUUUAAAUAUUGAAUGUAAAACAUUUUGAAUUUCCUGUACGGCUAAAAUCGCAUUUGUCGUGAAGAUUUUGGAUGGAUGUUUGUCUUGUGUGGGGGUUCUUUACUAUAGAAUGAAAGUGAAUAGGAAGGGAUGCUGGAAUAAUAUACACAAGUUUUCUGAAGCAAUAUUUAUUUGAAAAACAACCUGAAGUUAUUUUUUUCCCUUUGCUGUAACUCCCAAAAUCUCAAAUCAUAAUGACUAAUUUUUAUUUGGGCUGCCAGUGAACAUCUAAAAGAAGUCUAACCAUAGUCCAAGAAUAGUAUAUUUUUAAGAGAUGUAAAAGAAAUGAAAGCAAACACCUUGAGCACCUGUUGACAUAAUGAAAUAUAGUCAUUCUCCGAGUUAUUUUGGCAAAAACGACAUGUAACCAAAUUCAAGAUUAUUUAGAGUAGAAGUGGGUUAGUCACAGCCGGACUAUAUUGGGUUUUGGCUUGCUGGGUUUCUACUAAUUUUAUAGAAUUAUUUUGUCUCCUUUUGCAUUCAGUUAAAACUAGAAGGCCAAAUCGGUUUUGGAUGACCUGAGGAUAAGUAAAUGAUGACUUUUCAAGUAAAAUCUAUGCACCUGUCUUUAAUCUUUUGAAGAAGCCUUGCGUGAAUUCAGAAAAAUGUACCAACAAACCUUUAUGCUUAUUACCAAAGAAACAUGUAAUGUGCAAAAUUUUUAAAGCAGUAUUAGCAUUAUCCUAAUUUUUUUGAAAAUGUACUUAGACAUGAAAGGGAUUUAGCCUUUUGCUUUUUUUGUACAGAUUUCCUUUAACAGUAUUUGAGAGUAUUAAAAUAUUGUUGCACAUUGACAAAAUGUGUAGGUCCGACUCAAGUGAAACUUGAUAGGAACUGAUUGCUUAUUGCUGAUAGUGAGGGCGUUUAUAUUUUGGAAUGACACUGCAAAGUUUUUACAGUUUGAGAGAGAAUGAUGGCGUUAUCUACGUUACAUAAACUAUAAAUGGAAAAUGCUGGUGAUUUGAAAUCCAAUGCAACUUCCAUACUGGUUGUGUGCUGACCUGCAGUACAGAAAUAAAGUAGGUUGUCAUUUUUAACAAAUGUGCAUAAAAAGGACAGAGGUGAAAACAUAAAGCAAUGGAAGUACAGCGUAAGUUUGCAAAGAGAAUAGCAUGACUGAAUUACUGUUUUCAUUAAUGUAUCUUGUUUAAUUCAUUAUAUUUCACUUACAAAUAAAGAACAUAAUUCUGGGUGAGAUUAUCUGGGGAUAAAUAUAUGCUUAAAUUCACAUUAUAUCACACAAAAGGAGCUUCAGUAAGGUUUAGGGUGAGAAAGUACUUAUUUGGUACAACAAUGAAAGUAAUGAUGGUGGUUGUUUUUUACACAUUACACACGGGCGAGUAUAUUUGUGGGGCACAUGUAUGUUUUAUCAUAUACACUGUUAAACGUCUGCACACCGAGUAUGAGUUACAUUAGGUUGAUAUUCUCACAGAACACAUCACCAAACGUAUAUGAUUUCGUUACAUACUGAAAUCUUUGCUAAUAUCAAGCACUCAUGUAUACUAAGUGUGCUCAUGUUAGUGUGCACUCAGAUAUUGAAUUGCAGCAGAUGAUAUCAGCAGGUUUAUAAGCAUAUAGGCAUGGUUUGAUUGACAAGGACAUCAGCUGGAGUAACUUUGGCUAGAAUAAUCUUCUCAGUAUCAAGGAUGGUUUACAAGAGCAGUAAAAUGGUGUAAUCCUUCCUGUGGUCUUCUGGAAGAUGUUUGACAUAACUGAACUGACAGUGACAGUGACUUUAUCAUGCUUGAGUAAUAUUACCUCUCUCUCUCUUUCUCUCUCUCUCCCUCUCUCUCUUUACAAUUGUUUUGUACAUUAAGUAAAUAAACACCAAUAAACAAUAUCUUCUUGGAUGAAUUCCUUGACACAUUUCACAAUGUUUUUUGUUUU